CACAUUCUCUCCUUUUCACCCUUCUCCACCCCACACACACAUCAAUUCCCGAUUUCGUCAGGAUCGAAACAAGGCUUCUUUUCUCUCUCGAAAACCACACAAGGCUCUGGCUCUGACUUCAUCGAUCAUCAUCCCCACACAUCGGCCCUCUCGCGCAGUACACCGCAUCAAACGUUUCCCGUGACGCUGCCUACAUACCUGGCCACACAGAGAUCACAUUCGGAGCUCAGCCUAUUAUUUUUUGUCCAACAAUUCGUCCCCGCAUAUUAGUCAAGCUGGCGCCCUCAGUACCCUACGCGGAUUUUCUAAAUCCUUAUCUAGACCGGCUUUCUCCCUAUUUUGGCAACCUGGACAGACUAUUCACCGAACUUCAGCUCUCACUCUCUCCUCAUUCCACGCCCAGAUCCUUACCCGAUAUCCUACCACGCUUGUUAGUCUCGCUCGGCCUUUUCUCUACCAUCAUAUUCAUGCGUCGCUUUUUCGGCCGCCCGCAGGGUCCUCCCGAGGAGGCCUACCUCGUCACAGACCGUGAGGUUCACAAGGGCCCCCUGAUAUCCGGUAAUGAAAAUCCAGAUCCUGAUAGGAGCGAUGACUACGUUAUGAUCAAGCAUGGGAUGAAGGAGUACAUGGUCUCUUACCCUGUCGGUACCAUUACUUCGGGGAUCGUUACUACUGGAGCGGUUCGCGAUCAAUGUGUGAGACUUACUGGCGUGGAGCCCGACAGGGUGAGUCUUUCUUGUGGAGGAAAAGUUCUCAGGGAUGAUGCGGCUCCCUUGAUAUCUCUCGGAAUCGGACAUGCUGCUAGGAUUCUCUGUGUUGCAUCGAAAGCUACAUCGGCUCCCCCUGCCGGUAGUGAGCCGGCGGUUGCCGUGGACUCCGUUGAUGGUGCUCCUCCUUCCAAGAGCAAAAAGAAGAGGAGCAAGAAGAAGACACGCCCUGCGUCACCUCUCCCGCCCUCACCAACUCCGUCUCCCCAGCCAGAGGUCAAGAGACUCCCUCUGACGCCGUUCCAACAAAUCGAAGCGGUCUGGGAGGGGAUUGUCGCAGACAUUCAUCCGUUGGUAAACAAUUUCCUCCAAAGCCCCCCGGCAGAUGUGGAUAAGAGAGAGGAAACACAUAGGAGGUUAACAGAGACUAUGAUGGGUGAGCUUCUGAAGUUAGAUUCUGUGGAGAGCGGCGAGCCGGAGGUCAGGGCUAGGCGCAAGGAGGUUGUUCGGCAGAUUCAGGGAACAUUUGAUAGUUUGGAUGCGCUACUGAAGUCGGCAUAG